CAAGUAUUUCGCUGUACUCCGCGUACUCUACCUCUCUCCAUUAAUCCCCUCUCAAGCAAAGCUUCUGCGGUUUCCUUCUCACACCAAUCGUGCUUUCGCAUUCCUCGUCUGGUUUCAUUUCUAAACUGAACGUGACAAAUGGAAUUAGCGGAUCGAGCAGUCGGGCUUUUAUUGUCGUCAAUCAGCUUAUCCAUAUUCACCUACUAUACUUUCUGGGUCAUCAUCCUGCCAUUUGUAGAUAGUGAUCACUUCAUCCACAAGUACUUCUUGCCACAAGACUAUGCCAUUCUCGUUCCAGUCUUUGCCGGUGUAACUCUCCUCUCUCUUCUUUCCGUAUUCAUCGGCAUGGUCAUGCUCAAAUCCAAAAAGAAGAAGGCUUGAUUUCGACCUUACCUCCAUAUAAAAUUUUCGUUCUUGGUUCCUAAAGCUGUUGUGCCUACUUUGUUUUGGACCACCUUGUCUUUGAGACGUUUAGGCCUUAACUUUAAAUGGUGUAGUUAAACCGUACGAGACCCCAUUUGUUGAAUACGCAAGGACAUAUUAUCUAUAAAGUUUUUUUUUGGGAUA